AUGUCUUUUUUACAAGUACCACCACCACCACCAUUACCAUUACCAACAACAACAACACUACCAUUACCAACAACAACAACAACACUACCAUCCUCCUCCUCCUCGUCAUCUUCGACUCUCCUCCUCUCUUCUUCUUCUCAAAAAGAAAUCUACACUUAUCAUGCAGAUUGGAUGAUUUACUCGACGAGUUGGUCUGUCCGAAGAGAUUAUCCAUUUCGUCUUGCCAUCGGAUCCUUCAUUGAAGAAUAUAGAAACAAAGUGGAUAUUAUUCAAUUAAAUACAGAUCGAUUAGUAUUGGAAAGAGUCGCACAAUUUGAACAUCCCUAUCCAGCUACAAAGAUACAAUUUCAUCCCUCCUCGAGUACCAGUAAUUUGGAUUUAAUUGCAACAAGUGGAGAUUAUUUAAGAUUAUGGCAAUUGAAGGAUCAUUCAACCAUCAAUAAUAAUACUACUAAUGGUACUACUAUUGGUACUACUACUAGUAAUCACAUGACAAGUGUGAUGGUUGGUCGUGACGAGAUGAAUCAACAACCACCAAUUUCAACAACAACAACCUCCUUCACUGCUGUUUCAGAUAAAAGCACUACCAUGAAGAGUAACACCAAUAACACCAACACUACCAAUAACAAUAACACCAACACUACUACUAAUUCUUUGAUUCAAUCCCAAACACAACACUCUCAACAAUUCUCCGUCUCUAAAUAUUUUACAUUCAACAAUGAUAGCUCAAGUGAAUAUUGUGCUCCAUUGACUAGUUUUGAUUGGUGUGAAUACAAUCCAAAUAUAAUUGGUACUUGUAGUAUUGAUACCACAUGUACUAUUUGGGACAUUCCAAGUGGUAAAUCAGUCACACAACUCAUUGCACAUGACAAGGAAGUCUAUGACAUUGCAUUUAGAAAUCAAGAUGUCUUUUGUACUGUUGGUGCAGAUGGUUCAUUAAGAAUGUUUGAUUUGAGAUCAUUGGAACAUUGUAGUAUUCUUUAUGAAACACCACAAUUAACACCUUUAUUGAGAUUGGCAUGGAACAAACAAGAUUUAAAUUAUGUGGCAUGUAUUGGAAUGGAUAGUAAUAGAAUUGUAGUAUUGGAUGUUAGAUAUCCAGGAAUGCCACUUAUGGAAUUGUGUGGACACAAAAUGCCAGUGAAUGGAAUUGCAUGGGCACCACAUAGUCCUCGUCAUUUGUGUAGUGUUGGAGAUGAUGGACAAGCAUUAAUAUGGGAUAUUAAUAAUGGGGGUAUGAGUAGUGUUGGUAUUGAAACUAGUGGAACAACCAUUGAACCAAUUUUAGAAUAUAAGGCAGAAUGUGAAGUGAAUCAAUUGGGAUGGAGUUCCUUACAAAUGGAUUGGAUUUCAAUUGUAUUUGGACAAAAGUUGCAAAUAUUAAAAGUUUAA